AUGAAUCUUCUAUUUAUAGAAUCCACAAUGAUACGAUCGGCAUAUUGUAGGCUCCUCCCGAGGAGAGUAACCAGAUUCUACUACUCCACUGUACCCCAACUACAUCCCCUUCUUCAACAACGAGCAAAAGAUCUCCAACAAGAACACAAAGCCCUCGAAUCAAAACUCGAAGCCUAUGAUGCCGAUCUUCAAAUCAAAUUCGAUACCAUCACAUCCAUCCUCGAUAAAGUCAACAAAUUAACCGCUCUUCAAGAAGAAAUCUCCGAAUUGGAAGCAAUAACUUCCAAUAAAGAAGAAGAUCCCGAAUUGACCCAAGAAGCAACUGAAGAAUUAGAAAAGUUGAUCCCACAAGCAAAUAAAUUAAUCUCAAAACUACAAAAUCAAUUAUUACCACCGGUGAAAUAUUCCGAUAAGAAAUGUAUAUUAGAAUUACGUCCUGGUGUAGGAGGUGCAGAAGCCGGAAUAUUUACUCGAGAUUUAUUGAAUAUGUAUAUAAAUUUCUCCAAUGUCAAUAAAUGGCCCUAUAAAAUCAUUAGUGAAACAAAAACCAGUGGUGGUGGUGGGAUUGUUGAAGCUAUUUUGGCAAUAGAUUAUCCGGGGGCAUAUAAUAUCUUACGUCAUGAGAGUGGAGUUCAUCGAGUUCAAAGAAUUCCGCAGACUGAAACUAAGGGAAGAAUACAUACCCUGACAGCUGCAGUUGUUGUAUUGCCGAAACUUUCUGAAGGAAAUGCUAAUUCUUUAAAAGAGGAUGAAAGAAGUUUUGCCCCUGGUGAAGUGAGAAUCGAUACUAUGAGAGCAGGAGGUAAAGGUGGACAACAUGUUAAUACUACUGAUUCUGCAGUUAGAUUGGUACAUAUCCCUACCGGGUUAAUUGUUAUUCAACAAGAUGAAAGAUCACAGCCUCAAAAUAAAGCUAAAGCAUUUGCCAUUUUAAGAGCAAGAUUGGCUGAAAAGGAAAGAAUUGAUGAAGUGGAAAAGCAAAAAAGUUUGAGAACUGAACAAGUAUCGACUACUGAUAGAAGUGAUAAGAUUAGAACGUAUAAUUAUCCUCAGCAUCGGGUUACUGAUCAUAGAUGUGGAUAUAGUUUACAUGAUUUAGAUGGAUGUAUGAAUGGUGAAAAAUUAUUAGAAUUGAUUGAAAAAGUAGAAGAUUGGGAAUUUGGUAAUAGAUUGGCAGAAAUGAUUGCUAAAGAGAAAUGA